AUGGAUGUUACCUCAAAGGAUGGCAUGGAGCUUGCCUUUGAUAAAGUGAUUGAGGACCUCGGCAAGGUCGAUAACUGUAUUACCUGCGCUGGGAUUGCACUUGACAAACCUUUUCUCGAACACACAUGGGAAGAGUCUCGUCGCAUUCUCGAUAUCAAUGUCCUUGGGUCCUUUUUCUCAGCACAGCUGGCCGCCAAGCAAAUGGUCAAGCAAGGCAACGGUGGAUCUAUCGUCAUGAUUGCUUCCAUUGCUGCCCAUUGUGCCAUACCAGCUCAGCGAGUUUCAAUCUACGGUGCCUCAAAGGGCGCCAUCAAGCUUUUGGGGAAGACACUUGCGGUUGAGAUGGCCCCGUUCAACAUUCGCGUGAAUACUAUCUCGCCUGGGUUCAUCGCAACGAAAAUGUCGGCGCAAUUCACGGAUCUUCAAGACGUAUUCAGAACAGCACCCCCAAUGGGACGUAUUGGACAGCCCGAAGAUCUCGCAUUUGCCGUAGGUUAUCUGCUGGGGGAUGGGGCUUCAUAUACAACAGGUACAGAUAUUGCUGUGACUGGAGGACUGCACAAUGGUCGGAUUGAGAUUUAA